AUUAUAUUAUGACUUAAUCGAUUUGCCGCAUUAAUUUUCACGGAAAAAAUGGGCGACGAUGAGUCAUUUGAAGAGGACGAAUAUGGCGAAGAACAAGAAGAAGAAGAAGAAGAGAAAAAUCCUAUAGGGCGCUACGAGGGGGACAGGGACAAGACCGGAGAACGCCACGGAUUCGGCAAGGCCCUUCUACCGAAUGGCGACCUCUACGUCGGCGAAUACCGAAAGGGCCUGCGAUACGGACGGGGCACCUACGUGUUUAAGACCGGGCCGAGAUACGAGGGCGACUGGCGCCAGGGCGAGAAGCACGGGCGUGGAAUCUUCAUCUACCCCGACGGCAGCCGAUACGAAGGAGAAUUUUGAUGAAUUGCAGGGGAGUGGAGACAUGAUCGUAAGUCAGGUUUCGGUACCUAUUACUACUGUAACGGGGACAUAUACGAGGGCGACUGGAAACGGAAUUUCCGCCACGGACUCGGAACCUACAUCUACAAAAACUCCGGGAGUAGAUUCUACGGUACCUGGAUCGUCGAUCGCAUGCACGGAGCUGGACAGCUUAUCCACUCGCAGCAUCGCUUCCACGGCUACUGGGACACGAAUUUGCCUUUCGGCCGCGGCUGUUACAUCUUUGAGAAUGGAUACAUGCAACACGGCUAUUAUGCGCUUGUUCGAGACCCGCUUGUCGACCUUGACGAAUGUUCAGAGUCCACAGAUGAUUCGAACGAGGAAGAAGUCGCGAUCGAGGAGACGAGUAUCAAGGAGGAAAGCGUUGAAGUCGAGGUACUGAAGCUCCAGGAUCAAAAACCGGCGCCAUUAAGGAAGGGUUUUAUUUCGGAUUGGCGGGCGAGAUGCGUAACGGCUUAUAAUCCAGAUUUGCUGCCACCCGAUCCGAUGCCACUGCAAGAAACGCUUUCGCAGGAUUCGGUGGACUCGUGCAAAGCUUGUGGUUGCGAGGGCUCGGACUCCGAUGCGGAAGAGUUCUUGAAGAAAAAUGAUGAGCCAAAGAAAAGCGAUGCGGACGAGGAGGAGGAGGAGACUACAGAGGAGGUCGUCGAUGGUCCCUACGUAUCACUUGACGUAACUCAAUGA